UGACAGCUGAGAGAAACCAAACAAAACAAAUAUCUGCAGCAGCCGACGCCCAAACAAUAAUUAUUUUCAGAAAUAUAAGGCGUGUCCAGGGCGUGUCGCGCUACCUAAAAUAAUAGUACUGUACCGCUGAUCUUACUAUUGCACACCACGACCUGGAGUCAUUCGGACGUCCGCAACCAGUUAAUAUCGCUAGGUUAUUACAGAUCAUUGUUUUUUUUUGUUUUUAACUAAAAUUUUACAAACUUAACCAUCGCAUUUGUUAAAUGGAGUGAUUUUAUUAAGUUCCCAUCAGUUUUGGGCAAGGCAUCAGUUAACAAUGGUCUCUACACGGGGGCUACGAUAUAAAUUCACUGAGGGGGAACGAGUCCUGUGCUACGAGCCAGACCCUACUAAAGCCAAGGUGCUUUAUGAUUCCAAGGUUCUUGAAGUCGUAGAGAGCAAAGACAAACGAGGGCGUAGAACUGUUGAGUAUCUAAUCCAUUUCCAAGGAUGGAACUCUUCGUGGGAUCGCUGUGUCAGUGAAGACUUCGUUCUCAAAGAUACAGAGGAAAAUCGACAGCUGCAACGUGAUUUAGCUGAAAAAUCACAGCUUCAGUUAGGGGCUUACUUGUACCGUCGGGAACGAAAGAAGGGUGGUAGUACAAGCGCCGCCGGGGCGGGGCCCGCCAAGCGCACCCGUCAUGGCUUUAGCGACGACGGCUCUUCGACAAGUACCCAGCCAGACGAAGUCGAAACGGCCGACACGGAUUCAUCGUCUGCUUCGGCUGCCAACUCUCAGCCUCGUUCUCCGCCGCCUAACAAUAACCCUCCAGUCGGGAGAGCUCACAUCACGUUACCAUUCCCUAUCAGGGAUCGGCUCACGUUCGAUUUCCACAUAGUGGUGAAACGCGGUCGGCUGUCUAGACUGCCGGCCAGCCCCUGUGUUGUCGAGAUCCUAGAGUCGUUCGUGAAAUGGUAUGCGCGCGCCGGGGCCUGGCACCAGCCGAGGGCGCGGCACGACCCGCCACAAAGGCCAGACCUACAGGACGUCUCAUGCAGGUUAAACCUUGUACGUGAAGUCGCGGACGGGAUCCGUGUGUACUUCGACUUCAUUCUCCGCGGCCAUCUCCUCUACAAGCAAGAACUGCAUCAGUACCAUGAGAUCUGCGGGAAAUUCAUAGACGAGCAAGAAGGUGAGAAACUGAAAUAUGUGUUUGAAGAAGAAGAAUGUCACUCCCAGGACGAGUCCACCGUCGUUUCGGUCGAAGAAGAUCUCAAGAGCCCAAAGAUACCCGAGUAUUCUCACUUGCCGCCGGAUCCAACCGACUGCGAAAAUAAUGAAGAAAACUGGAUUUUCAAUUUUGAAGAGGAAGAGAUCGAAGAAGGUUCUGUAACUAUGGAAGAGAACAAUCAGGAGGACGAAGAAGUGAUGACCGGUGAAAGCGUCGAGAAAGAAACUUCUAAGACUGAUUCGGCCGCCGAGGAGACCGUCGCUGAUGACGUCAGCGAGGACGGCGCCCCCGCCCCCGCCUCCGCCCCCGCCGGCGCCGCGCGUCGCAUCGGAGCCAGGAGGCUUCGUUCUCACAAGUCCGUUGUUUCGCAAUCUGAAAACGAGGAGCCGGCACCUUCGACCUCGACUGGCGAACCGAGGACAUUCGAAACACUUUCCUCCAGGUUAGUUUUACAAAAAUUUUUCAGCGUGGGAAGUAGCGGCUCGUCCAUGAGCGAAGGUUGGACCCAUCCACCGAAAACAGCUCCCGUAUCCACCAGCACUCGCACUCCGCUCUCGCUGCUCUUGGAAAAGGUCGCUAAAUGGCAAAUGAUUCCUCGCGACGGCACCGAACACUUGCCGUGCCGCGUCUACGGCGCUAUUCAUCUUGCCCGCCUCUUUGUGCGAUUACCGGACUUUUUAAACGCUUCUCAAAUGCCGGACUGCAAGCUGCGGCUCAUUGUCAGGCACAUUGACAUGUUUGUUCAGUAUCUGAACGAACACAGCGAGUGGUUCGGCGAAUCUUACUACGUGGCAGACAGCAUCUCGCGAUCUCAUUAAUAACUUAACCACUUUCAAUAUUACUUAUCAAGUCUUUUGGCCUCAUCUCAUAAUAAUAAUAAUAAUCAAUAAUCGUAUUUUAGUUUCACUACAUAACUACUAGUAGUUUACGGAGUAAUCAUUGCAUUAGUUGAACGAUUCUCUGAGUAUAUUAUUAUUGUAUUAGUAGCUUCUUAUAACUCAUAUUUGGAGCCGGCGUAAUUGUAACAUCUGUCACCGUCCAGGUAAAAGAAAAAAUAUUAUCAAUUUUUUCUUAGGGAAUAAGUCGAAACUGAAACAAGUGACUUCUUAAAACGCCUUUCGUAGUGUUUGUUGAGUAGUCAUAAAGACAUAAUCAACUAGGUUUAUGUACUUGUAGUGUUGCAUUGAAACAAAUGCUUCUAAUGUAAUCUUUGUAUUGAUGAAAAGAAAAAAAAAGGAUUGUGUGCUUUUAUGAAACCACGGUAAAAGUGAAACUUUUUUUCACAUUAUAGACAUUUAACUCUGACAAACAACAUUUACAUUAAACACUGACAAAAACAAAAACAAAAUAGCGUGGAGCACUGGAACAAAUUAGUAAUAGUCUAUACACUACACGGUCAGCUGCUGCGAACUAUAGGCGCCGCCAUAUUGGCCUUGGCUGCUCUGACGAGCGCCUUUCACUUUAUCCCUACUCCGCGGCCGACCGUCACGCGACAUGCAACAGACAGAUGAAAAAGUUUGAGUCGAUGUAAUAAAAGUUUCACUUUGGCUAUUUAUCGUAAUAACGUUUUUUGCCAAAAUAUUAUAUACUUUACGUACUUAUGUAGGUAUGUGUAGUUUCCCUAUGGCCGUGUAAUACGAGGCUUGUUUUUCAUUACAGGAUAUGUUUAUGUCAGUAAAUGAAGGGGCGUUUUCAGCCAGGAUAAUUUAAUUAAAUGGAUUGUGAGGUAGUCCGAUAAUUCUGUAGCGCGCAAUUAAAUAAUAUGCUUUUGUAUAUUAUGUGCAAUGUUGUCGCACAUCGGUAGCUACAAAUAGAAGCCGCCUAAGGAUGCAAUGGCUGACCGAAUUUGUUGGUCGUGUAGACAGCUAUUAGCACUUUGCCAUUGUUUUUAUUACCUUGAAAAACCAGCCUCGGAUCAAUCGAACGAUUAAAGCUUAAUUCUCUUGCUAAUUUCAAAAUACACAUUUAAACAGUAUUAGCGAAUAAUAGUUUAGGACUGUUAUUAGUAGACGGGCUUACGUACUGAAUGAUGUCGUUCGAAAUAAGAACAACUUAUCUAUAUAUGUAUUCUCAUAUUCUAAUCAUUUUCGUUAUGUCAGUUUAAUUUAAAAAAUUAUAUGGUUCGUCAUCGAAAAUCAAUACUAAAUUAAUUUAUGUUUUGUUUAUUAGGCAUUAAGUUAUGUAUUUGUUUAUUUCAAGAAUAAUUUUAACUGUUACCUAAAUUUAUAUUUUAUGAAAACUUCACUCGAUCGGUAUUAGAAUAUUGUGUGUGUAAUCUAUGGUCUGAAUAGAGGCUUCAGAGUUACACUUGUACUACUAAAUUUCCUUAUACUCGCAUUUUUAGAUAUUAGGUUUGUGUUUUGUUUUGAGAAAAACUUUUUAGUUGUAAGUGGUACCUACCGUCACUAGUCCUCAGAGUUGUAAGGUUUGAUGCAGAGUCGCUCCUCUUCGCUGUGUGCUUAGUGCGAGUUUUUUAACGUUCUCGAUAGCGUAAAAGUUAGUCCAAAUUUGUACGCAGUAGGAACAGCGCCCCUAGCGGCAAACGAUCCCAUUCCAUGCAAAUAUGAGCUAACUUUUACGCUAUCGAAAACGUUAAAAAAUUCGCACUAAGCACACCGAACGCACAGAGGACUGAUGAAAGAGAACCCUUCAAAAACUGUAAUAACAGCCACAAUGAAAACAGGAAACAAUUAACAAAUAUAUUUGGCAUCCGUUGAUAACAUAAAAGUUGAAAGUCGCAUAUCAUAUUUUAUCGAAAAUUGUGUAAUCAGGAUCUACAAAUCGAUUUAAGAAAUUAGAAAUAGUCUACCAAUAUAUUUCGUAAAAAUCAUAACUAAAAAUGUUAAAAGUAACUUAUGCAUUUUUUAAGACCAAUCAGGACAUUUUUAGAAAUUAUUUCAAGUUCAUGUCAUUGAUUUCUCUACUUAAUACUCUUAAGAAAUUUUGCAACUAUGUAUAUCCAAUUCUAUUUUUUACCACCAGAAAACGAUUUCGACAAGAGUUCAAAUUUAAAAAGGGGUUCUCGGUUAAGGAAGCAUGUGCAUUUAUUUAAAAUAAAAGUAAUGUUUUUAAUGAUCUCGUGAAAGAAAAGUGGAAAGGCUAUUGGAAAGUGUUCCAAUAAAUAUGUUAACUGUAACGUCAUGAACGCACUGAGGCAACAUCUGUGAUUUGUGUCAACUGAUUCUCUUUACGUAAUUAAGUUUAUCGUAACAAGUAUCAGUUUUAAUUUUAGCAUUUUACCUUUUAUUUUAGUUGAAAGGACGACUUCAAAUAUAUACUUCAGCGUAACUCCAAAA